AUGGGGCUACCGGUGGACGCUGUGGUAAGAGAAUUGAUCGACGAGGAGGAAGAGAAGUGGGAUGAUACCCUUUUAGAAAGUUGUUUUCCUACCAGCAUGGCGCAAGCCAGCAAACAGAUCCCUCUAUGUUCUCCAGAAGAUCCAGAUCGGCUGACUUGGGCGGAUAGUGUAGAUGGGCAAUAUACGGCCAAGGAGGGUUAUAAGGUGUGGUUGAGGAAUUUCCAAAGCCAGCAUGAAGAGCGAAGGGUGAAGAGAGUUAAAGGGAUUCGUGACCCUACUUUGGGUGAGGCGAUGACAGUCGAGUUUGGUUUGCAACUUGCUAGACGUCACCAGCUAGCUACGCCCUUUGUGGAAACUGAUUGUUUAAGCGUGGUCAACAGUUUGGAGAAGGCAGACGAAGUUCACACAGAGGUUGGGACGGUUCUUAGGAGUAUCAUGAGGUUGGUGGCGAUGACAUGCGUCGGGCGUGUGAUGCAUGUGAGUAGACAGGCAAAUGAAGCUGCACAUAUUAUGGCUUAUACGAGAGCAAGAUGGGAUAUAGCGGAUGUUUGUUUUGAUAGGCCACCGCUGAAUCUGUUGGAUCAGCUUGUAAGUGAUAAUGUAACACAGCACAGAACCCUCAAUCGCCGUCCCGCCAUUCAUCCACUGCGCCCCGUCGUCGUGAUUUCCGCUUCCUCAAAAUGUCCAAUUGACAAUUUCUCCUCGUCUCCUGCCAUCACUAUGCCCACUAUUCAAACACAUUGCUAUCUCCCCAGUCCCGGCUUCGUCUCCAGGCGCUCUCUACUUCCCGGAGCUCCAACUCCAAUUGGGCAUGGGUCUUUGGGUUUCGGGUUCUCCGCCCCUUCCCACAGCGUUAAAUUCUCCUUCCCGGCAGACUCCUUCGGCAGGAAAAGUAGUUCUUUCGGUUCUGAUAAGGGCAGCGCCAACGGACAACGGCGGCGGCGAUGUGGGACGGUCAGGGCCGCUGGGAGAGACCACUACUCGACCUUGAACGUCGGCAGGAAGGCCUCGUUGCAGGAGAUCAAGAGUGCCUACAGGAAGUUGGCUCGUAAGUAUCAUCCGGACUUGAACAGGGGCCCUGGAGCAGAAGAUAAAUUCAAAGAGAUUAGUGCAGCGUACGAGGUAAUAGCUCUUUCAGCUACUGUCCUUUCAGAUGACGAGAAAAGGUCUGUGUACGAUCGUUUUGGAGAGGCAGGCUUACAAGGGGAAUAUGAUGGAUCAGCUGCUGGUUCUCCUGAGAUGGAUCCGUUUGACAUAUAUAACACAUUCUUUGGCGGUUCAGAUGGGAUUUUUGGAGGAAGGGAUGGCGCUGGUGGCUUUGGUUUCAAUUUCAGACAUACGGCAAAGCAGGACCUUGACAUCCAGUACUGUAUCUCAGCGUGUGACUUGUUCUUGAGCCUGGAAGAAUCUGUUUUUGGAGGAGAACAAAAUAUUGAAGUUUCUGGUUUUGAGACUUGCGGAACCUGUGAUGGAACGGGCGCCAAAUCUAGUGAUUGUAUAAAAUCUUGCACAGGAUGUGGUGGUAAAGGGGGUGUUAUGAAAACCCAAAGAACUCCUUUUGGAAUGAUAUCACAGGUAUCUACUUGCUCAAAAUGUGGCGGGAAGGGCAAGGUAAUCACUGAUUGCUGCCAAAGAUGUGGUGGCAGUGGCAAUAUAAGUGCAAAGCGGCAAAUGAGACUGAAUAUCCCGCCUGGUGUCAGCAAUGGAUCCACAAUAAAACUUCGAGGAGAGGGAAAUUUUGAUAAGAUGAGAGGCUUUGCUGGCAAUCUGUAUUUAAACAUCCAUGUCAAUGAAAAGCGUGGAAUUCAGAGGGAUGGUCUCAAUCUAUACUCGAAGAUCAAUAUUGACUACACCGAGGCUAUACUGGGGGCUGUAUUAAAGGUGGAAACCGUCGAAGGUGCAAAAGAUCUGCACAUUCCUCCUGGAAUUCAGCCUGGUGAAACCGUAAAAUUGUUGCGCCUCGGGGUUCCAGACAUAAAUAAACCUUCUGUCCGUGGUGACCAUCACUUCACUGUCAAUGUUUUGAUCCCCAAGUAUAUCAGUGACAGAGAAAGAGCACUUGUCAAAGAAUUGGUGUCAUUCAAGUCGUCUAGCAAAGCCAAUGACACCUCCUCUGACAGCUCUGGGACAUUCAAAGGAAAUGCCAGGAGAGACAGGACUCAAAGGUCCAAAGGUGUUGCAUCAGUUUGGGGCACAAUCAAAGACUUCAUGGGGAAAAGAAGGGAUCAACAAAGAUUCUCAUCAGUUACCCUCAGCACACCACCAUUGACAUUGGCACGAAGUUCAGAGUUGCCCAUCCAGGUUUCGAUACUGGGAGUCGUGCUGCUGACAAUUUUCUUGACAUUCACACGGCGAAUUAACGAGAUGAAUGCGAAGAAGCAGUAACAAACAUGUAUCGAAAAGAUGAAAGCGACAUGGAUAUUGGUCUUCCCAGAUGAACUAGACAUUUCGCCAGUGCGAUCAACGAAAAAAUUCACCCUUGCCCCCCUGCUUGCUACAUGAGCUGCCAAUUAGGUAAUCAAACAUCCAAACUGAAUUAGCAAACUUUUAGCUUGAAACCGUCUUGUGAGUUGUGAGCAAUUUUGACUUGCUAGUUUUAGAAAGCAGGGAAAGUGAGGGACAGACAGCACUGGCACCAACACCCAAAUACGGUUGAAUUAAUGGUGUCUAGUCUAGGUCCCCCAUCCAUAAUGAGUAUAUCUGAUCUUUUUCACAGCAGGAAUCGGCUAACAGUGUCUCGUGCUGAAAGUGAAAGCUUUUCAUAUUUUGUUGUGGUAAUGUUAAUUUCUUGUGAGAUUGUGGUUAUGGGGGCGACAGCUCGUGGGGGGUGCUAUUAUGAUUUUGUGAGCAUCCUCCAGCCCAUUGCCAAGCACUAUAGUGGUUGACAAGGUGUAGUGACACUCUGUUUAUUUAUCAUAUAUUGGUCGGCUAUAUCUCUAGCUGUUGCUGAGAUUUUGCCUUGGAUGUUAAAACUCUUUGAGGUUUAUCAUCUGAGUUCAGGAUUUGAUCAAAUGGUUUCACCUAUGUGAAUGUUUUCUUAACAGGGUACCUCGCUCGUGCAGACCUCUUCGUUGAUAUACGUCGAAUCCAAGAUUGUAUGUUCAUAGAAUGCGAUCGCGCUACAAGGGUUUGACAGAUAAGAACGCCUCAUUUUUUAUGUACUUGUCUGGUUCGUCGGAUAACCCUCAUUUAUGGUGUAGUUGUCUAAAUCACUGAUAUCCACUGCCCGUCAUCUCUGAUUGUCAUGCUGUGUAUUCUUGAAAACUUUUUUUAUCCAUUUCUCUUCCGUAGAAAAGAGAUUGGAAGUGUGAACACCAAGAUGAGGUAGCAGCAUUUUGCACUGUAAAGUUGUGAGUUUGGACUGUCAUGUGUGACACUUUUAAAAGGGUAAAAAGCUUCCGAUAAAGGAAAUGAACAUAUCUGUAAAAGCCAAUUUUGAAAGGUGAAGAGCGAGCAGGGGAGGGAGAGGGUGGAGACAGGAGAGUAGAGUGAGACUUCAUUAAUCAUUAUUAGUUUUUUUUUUGUUUUACAUAUAUAAUAUAUUUUGUGAAUGCCUAGACUCCAG